AUGCCGGCGACAGACUACCAGGGCUCAUCUGUGCCAUUUGCGUCUCUGGGGCGCUCAAUCCUCAGCAUCCGCCGCGAGCAGGCGCAUUCCAUGGAUACUCACCACGACGAUGCCGGCGGCGGCGCCGCCGCCGCCGCGGCGCACGAGCUCGAGCUGGAGUCCUUCCAGAGGCAUGUGGCGGAGCUCUUUCAGGACCUCGCCUCCGCCGGCGGAUCGUCGGCGGGAUCAAGCGCUGGGGGCGGGGAGGAGCUUCUCUCCCUCUCCUGGAUCCGGAGGCUGCUGGAGGCCUUCCUGGUGUGCCAGGAGGAGUUCAAAGCGAUCCUGAUGAACCACAGGGGAGUCCUCUCGCGGUCCCCUCUCGAUCGCCUCGUGGCCGAAUUCUUCGAGCGCAGCGUUAAGGCUCUCGACGUCUGCAACGCCAUCCGCGACGGCCUCGAGCAGAUCCGGCAAUGGCACAAGCACCUUGAGAUCGUGCAGGUGGCUCUCGAUCCUCACCAUCGGGCCUUCGGGGAGGGCCAGCUCCGUCGCGCCAAGAAGGCCCUCACCGAUCUCACCAUCGCUAUGCUCGAUGAGAAGGAGGCCGGUUCUGUGGUGGCGCACCGCAACCGCUCCUUUGGCCGGAUCAACACCUCUACCAAAGACCACCACCGCCUCGCCGUAGGCCACUCCCGAUCCCUCUCAUGGAGCGUCUCCCGCUCCUGGUCUGCGGCUCGACAGCUCCAGGGGAUUGGCAACAACCUCGCGGCCCCACGUAGCCAUGAGAUCGUCGCCACCAACGGGCUCAUCCUCCCCGUCUACACCAUGAAUUCGGUUCUCCUCUUCGUGAUGUCGGCGCUCGUCGCUGCUAUUCCCUGUCAGGACCGCGGGUUGCAGACGCACUUCUCGGUGCCGCGCAACUUCUCGUGGGCGGCAUCGAUGACCUCACUGCACGAACGAAUCCUGGAGGAGUCCAAGAAGAGGGAUCGCCGGAACUCCAGCGGUUUGUUGAAGGAGAUCCAAGGCAUUGAGAGAUGCUCGCGUCAUUUGGCGGAGCUGGCCGACCCUUCUCAGUUCCCGCUGGGAGAAGAACGAGAGAUGGAGCUCAGGCAGAGGUUGCAGGAGUUGUCCCAGGUCUGCGAUUCUCUGAAGAAUGGCUUGGACCCCCUGGAGCGCCAUGUGAGGGACGUCUUCCACAGGAUUGUUCGCAGUCGAACUGAUGGCCUGGAUUGGCUGGGUCACUCUGGAACCUAA